AUGUUAACUCGAUCUCAACUAAAACAAAAACUAAUUGAAACAAAAAAGAAUCAAUACAAACAAUUUGGAAUUACUGUUGCUGGAGGAAAUGGAUCCGGACAGGAACUAAAUCAACUCUCUGUUCCUUGUGGGAUAUUUAUUGAUAAUAAUAAAUCAGUUUAUAUUGCUGAUUAUUAUAAUCAUCGUAUUGUUAAAUGGGAAUUGAAUUCAAAUACUGGUCAAACCAUUGCAGGUGAAAAUGGAAAAGGAAAUCAAAAGAAUCAAUUGAGUUACCCAAUAAAUACAAUUUUUGAUAAAGAAAAUAAUUCUUUUAUUAUUUCUGAUAACGGGAACAGACGAGUAGUUCGAUAUUUUGACCAAAAUCAAACAGAUCAACAAACUAUUAUUUCAAAUAUUGAUUGUUGGGGUCUAGCAAUCGAUAAAAAUGGAUUUAUUUAUGCUUCCGAUAUAGAGAAUCAUGAAGUAAGACGAUAUAAACAAGGAGAUGAAAAGGGUGAAUUGGUGGCAGGUGGAAAUGGUCAUGGAAAUCAUCUUAAUCAACUGUAUGGUCCUGCUAAUAUCUUUAUUGAUGAUGAUUAUUCUCUUUAUAUAUCAGAUUACUUCAAUCAUCGUGUAAUGAAAUGGAAAAAAGGUGCAAAAGAAGGAAUUAUUGUGGCUGCUACAAAUGGGAGAGGAAAUAGUCUCAAACAAUUGGAUUGUCCUCAAGGAGUGAUUGUUCAUCAUUUGGGUCACAUAUAUGUGGCAGAUUACUGUAAUCAUCGAGUAAUGCGUUGGUGUGACGGAGAUGAAGAAGGUGAAGUUGUAGUUGGUGGAAAUGGUAAAGGAAAUCAAUCAAAUCAAUUGGAUCUUCCCUCAGAACUAAUUGAAACAAAAAAGAAUCAAUACAAACAAUUUGGAAUUACUGUUGCUGGAGGAAAUGGAUCCGGACAGGAACUAAAUCAACUCUCUGUUCCUUGUGGGAUAUUUAUUGAUAAUAAUAAAUCAGUUUAUAUUGCUGAUUAUUAUAAUCAUCGUAUUGUUAAAUGGGAAUUGAAUUCAAAUACUGGUCAAACCAUUGCAGGUAAAAAUGGAAAAGGAAAUCAAAAUAAUCAAUUGAGUUACCCAAUAAAUACAAUUUUUGAUAAAGAAAAUAAUUCUUUUAUUAUUUCUGAUAACGGGAACAGACGAGUAGUUCGAUAUUUUGACCAAAAUCAAACAGAUCAACAAACUAUUAUUUCAAAUAUUGAUUGUCAUGGUCUGACAAUCGAUAAAAAUGGAUUUAUUUAUGCUUCCGAUAUAGAGAAUCAUGAAGUAAGACGAUAUAAACAAGGAGAUGAAAAGGGUGAAUUGGUGGCAGGUGGAAAUGGUCAUGGAAAUCAUCUUAAUCAACUGUAUGGUCCUAGUAAUAUCUUUAUUGAUGAUGAUUAUUCUCUUUAUAUAUCAGAUUACUUCAAUCAUCGUGUAAUGAAAUGGAAAAAAGGUGCAAAAGAAGGAAUUAUUGUGGCUGCUACAAAUGGGAGAGGAAAUAGUCUCAAACAAUUGGAUUGUCCUCAAGGAGUGAUUGUUGAUCAUUUGGGUCACAUAUAUGUGGCAGAUUACUGUAAUCAUCGAGUAAUGCGUUGGUGUGACGGAGAUGAAGAAGGUGAAGUUGUAGUUGGUGGAAAUGGUCAAGGAAAUCAAUCAAAUCAAUUCGAUCUUCCCUCAGGUUUAUCAUUUGAUAAUGAAGAAAAUCUUUAUGUUGGUGAUGCGGGAAACUCUCGAAUCCAAAAAUAUGAAAAAAUUUAA